UAAGAAAAUAAUAGUGAUACAUAUCGCUGCGGUUAAAUAAUAACGAUUAUUUUAUGGUUAUUUUUAAUUAUUAUUUUUCACAUUGAUUAGGAAGUGAUUUUUAAUAAUAUUUAAAUACUGAUAGUAUUCUUUGUUGGUUGGUUUAUGGACUUGUUUUAAAGAAAAAUCGUAAUAAUGGUGUCUGUUGGGGAUUAUUACUGGAGAAACUACGGGGGAUCUUACUAUCUGGCUCAGGAUUAUCAGAUGCCACAAACAGUGCCCCGGUCCGGGUGCAGCCCGCCGUCGGCUUCUCAAGGCGAGAGAGCGGUCCCCGGUUCCCCCGCUGAUCUACAACAUCUUCUGCGCCUGCUCGGCGCUGCAUCCCCUCCAGAACCGAUGCUUCACUCUCCCCCAAACCCACACAACAAACCACCCCCACCCUAUCCAGAAGAUAACACAAACAACGUUUUCUUGGAACGCCUAUACGACUUUGAGGGUUACCCUACUCCCUCGCCAUCUUCAGACGAAGGUUCAAUUCCAGCAGUCACCCUGCAGCCUUCAUCGCCCUACAGUUCUCUUCAGUACUCUCCACAAGUGUACAUCAAAGAAGAACCUAACAGACUUGCCGUGCCCGGAUUUGCCUCCCCCUAUCCCUUAUCUCCGUCAGGAUCGUGCGUAUCAUACGGAAGUCACAAUCAAUACUCAUCACCAGUCCCACAACACGAGGAAUACAUAGAUAUAGAAGAACUUCUAAAAGAAAAUCAGAUUUUACAAGAAAGUGUACAACACAGUUACAUCACACCUAAAAUCGAAGUUGAAGAGCCAAGAGAUCACAUUCUGCUGCGAUCAGCACUAGAAGACACAUCUUUUCAGAAGAGAUUAAAUCUCAGACCAAUUCCUUUAGAAUUGGGAAGUGUGAAAAUGGAAGAGAGCAGUGGAGGCGACGAUUCUCUAGUGGCACCAGACAUCGAUCGAGUUCUCAGCAUGGCCAUCGAACAGACCAAGAGAGACGUAGACAACACAUGCACAGUACUUGGAAUCUCACCAGAUCCAAUGCAGUGGAGCACUGGGGACGUGAAGUCAUGGGUGAUGUUCACGUUGCAACAUUACAACCUGCCAAUGGUACCCAUGGAAAACUUCACAAUGGAUGGCGCAGCGCUUGUAGCACUAACAGAAGAAGAAUUCAACCACAGAGCACCUCAGGCGGGAAGUACGUUGUACGCUCAGUUAGAGAUCUGGAGAACAUCACAGGGGUCUGAUCAUCAGCAGUUAUCAGCUUCACCGAUUCCAACACCAGCAGGAUUACCGUCUGCCGACGACAUGAGUGAUGGGUUGGCAAAGAAUCAAGAUUUAGCAACGGAUAAGAUAGAUGAGGACUCAGAGUCAGCGGGUACGAGUGCGACUGUUGGAGGCGGUAAAGCAAAGACUGGAAGCACACAUAUACACCUGUGGCAGUUUCUGAAGGAACUCCUUGCAUCUCCUCAUGUACACGGUUCAGCAAUACGGUGGUUAGACCGAAGUAACGGUGUGUUCAAGAUUGAGGAUUCAGUGCGUGUCGCCAGACUGUGGGGCAAAAGAAAGAACAGGCCUGCUAUGAACUACGACAAACUGUCCAGGAGCAUCAGACAAUACUACAAGAAGGGCAUCAUGAAGAAAACGGAGAGGAGCCAAAGACUCGUCUACCAGUUCUGUCAUCCGUAUUGCUUAUAAAUACUCUUUAGUUUAUAAGUAAUGUAAAUAAUUUAUUAACGUUGUAUAUAAGGGUGUGUGAGAGCCGCGGUAAUGCGGACGGUACGAUGACUGGCUUCGUUUUGCGGCUAAAUCGCAAAUCGCAGCGCAGUCGCCGAGUUUGUUGACAGCCGAAUUUUCUACGGUCCUUUGUAUCGACGUGUGUCGUGAGGCCGAGAAUUAAUAGGCGUCUUGUACACUAUCCCUCCAUAAAAUUCGGGAAAGGUAAUUUUCUCUGGAAUUCUAUUGGAUGGGACUAUUUGCUGUGUUAUGUUUUAGUUUUACCAGCGACUAGACUUACGAUCUGAUAGUUGUCGAGUUAACGUAAGGUCGUUUUCGUCGAAAGUUGGUAAUGUUUAUCCCAUAUAUCUAUGAUAUAUUUCUAGUACGUUCUAUGAACUUUUAGUUAGUUAUGUGUUCUGUAAAUAAUAAGGAAAAUGUGCCCUCUAUUGUUCGGUACUUAUAGUGAUUUAAAAGAGAUUAUUCUCGUUGUAAGGUUUAUAAAAAUGUUGAAUAUUUUUGUAUGAAAUAUUAAAACAAAGAAAAAAUAAAUGUCAAUGUA